AUGGGUUCCAAUAUGUUUUCAACAGAUAAACAAUUAAGAAUCACUUUGUUAGAAGUCAAAAGAAUCUGUCAAUAAAUGGCAUCUGACAUCAGAUUUCUAGAUACCUCCACUGCAAUCCCUUAAAAUCUUGACAAUUUCAAGAUUAUACAAGAUAAACACCUUAUGUCCAAAAUGGACAAAUAAUUUGACACUUAUGAAAAACAGAUUUAAUCAGUCAUAAUUGAAUGUUGCCAAAAAUCCUUAAUAAAUUACAAGGAAACCCACCGCAUCUCAUUAUAAGAGGAUGAUAAUGAGGAAAGAGCCCCUCUAUUAGUAGGGGAUGAGUCUGGGAAAGAGAUGCCGUUUACAACUGAAGCUACUAUCAGAACUCAUUAUAAAAGAUUAAAAAAAUUUGUUAAAUAUCUUGAUUAUGUUAUUAUGGAUGCCAAAUUACAAAUGAUGCAAAAUUCAGUAGAACAUAUUGUCAAAUAGAUCAGAGACUUUAAUGAAUAAUAUCGACAGAAUUUGGGAGGUAAAAGGAAAGGUUAUUAUGGAAAGGGUUAACCAUAGUGUUGGAUAAUUGUUGAAGCAGUUGGUAAAGGAGACAAUAUACUUUUUAAUCCUUAAAGGGAAUAACUUUUCAAAUUGUUUGAAAAUUUAGUCAGCAAUAGUGUAAUACGCAUAACCAAUAGACACAAGGAAAUGUUGUCAAUGCCAGAUUUAUAGUAAUAUUUACAUGAUGAUGGGAAUCAAUAAUUGGAGAAGGUUGAUGUUAAGUCAAUCCUUAAUGGAAGCGAAAACUUUCAGAACCUUUGUGGUUAAAUGAGGAGAGAAUUAGAGGUAGCAUUUGAUCAUCUUGAAUAGUAUGCUAACAAAUUGAAACCCUUUUUGUAAUGGUAUGUUGAGAACACUGGAGUUAACAUUGAGAACUAGUUCACAGAUAAGGAUGUGGAUGAAUAUCGAAAUGCCAUUAAUAGAUACAAAAAGCAGGAUCAACUAUUUCAAGAUAUGGAACCUACUUAGGAGAUUGGUGUGAUUCUAUUUGAUAAUCACAAGUUAAAGGCAAAGAUUAAAUGCAGUGCUAUGCAUUGCAUUGUAGAAUUACAAAGGUUUAUACCAGAUUACAUGUAUAAGAAAGCUAUACUGUUUACAAAGAAAACUGCUCAAUUAUAUUCUACAAUUGCCAUAUCUCCAAUUACAGUUGAGUAAUUUGUAAAUUAUAUGGAUGCUGUGAAUGUAAUUAAUAAUUAAUUCGAAGAUUUGAGUAAUACCUCAUAAGAAGUCACCUCAAUGGCUUUAUUAAUGGAUGAAUUGAAGAUUAAGAUCUAGGAUGUGCAUAAACAAAAAUUCGCUGAAUGCAUUUAAUAGGUGAGUCAAUUACGUAAAAAGGUAGAUGAUGCGAUGGUAAAUUAUGAUUAAAACUUAAAUAAAUUUAGAAAGGAUAUGGAAAGGAUGAUACCUUAGGUGGAUAAUACAGUCAAGGAUUUAAAUGAAAGAGUUUCAGAAUAACCAUUGAGUUCUUUGACUGCCGAUCUAAAUGAUAUGAUUACAUUUGUGAUUGGCAUUAGAAAAUAAGUGGACGAAUUAAAGAUUCAUGCUUAGAAAUUAAAUGAUUAUUAAAUUGCAUUAAAUCUGGAGUAUACGCCCUUUGAAAAAUUAGAAAUAUUUAAUAAUGAAUUUACACUUCUGGAAAGAUUGUGGUGUGGUAGAAAUGAAUGGGUUCAGAAUUACUCUUUUUGGUUGAAAUAACAUUACACUGAAAUCGAUUUAGAUGAAAUGAAUAAUGUAAUGGAAAAACUAUAGAAGACUGCUAAUAUGUGUGCCAAAGAAUUAGACAAAAAUGAAGUAGCAAGAGUUUUCAAGUCUGAUAUCGAAGCAUUCAAAGGCGUGUAUUAAGUACUUUAAGCAUUAAAAGAUCCAGCAAUCUCAGAUAAGCAAUGGAAUUAAAUCAGAUCAUUGAUUCUUGAGAAUUAACUAGUGUUCAAAGAACCCAUUUUAGAACCAUUCACUCCUUUGGAUGAUCCAAAGUAUGAUGUUUAAUGGAUUACGAAGGUUGGCUUAGAUUAAGUAAAAGACAAGUUGAGUGAAAUUGCUUUGAGGGCAGCUAAGGAAAUCGAAUUAGUUAAAAUGCUAGAAUAAGUUGAAUCAAUUUGGAGAUAAGCAGUAAUCACUGUUUAACCGUAUAGGGAAUCUAAGGAUAUCUUUAUAUUAGGAAAUAAUCAAGAUUUGAUUUCUAAAAUUGAUGACACUCUUUUAACUGUUUAUAAUAUUUUGGCUUCUCGAUUUGUUGAAGGUAUACGAUCUGAAAAUACUUUCAGGAAAUUGUUUGAUGAAUGGAUGAUUCAUUAAAGAAACUGGCUUUAUUUGGAACCUAUUCUGAAUUCCCCUUAUAGUGCUAAGAAUUUAGUUAAAGAGUCUAAAAUAUUUCAAUAAGCUGAUGUAUUGUGGAAGAAGUUAAUGAGAACUGUUAGAGAUAGUUGUCUAGCUAAAAGAUGGGCAGAUGAUUAUUUAAAUAGAUAAUAUUUUAAUUAAUUAAGGUAAAAUAAUAAUAAUUUUGAUGUUAUUUAAAAGGCUUUGGAUGAGUUUUUAGAGAAGAAAAGAGACGCUUUUUAAAGAUUUUAUUUUUUAUCUAAUGAUGAACUCUUAGAUAUAUUGUCAAAUGCAAAAAAUGUUUAAUCCAUUUAGCCUUACUUGAGAAAGUGCUUUGAAAAUUUGGUCAAGAUUUAAUUUGAUUAAUCAGAAAAUGCUAUAGGAAUGAUAUCUGCUGAAGGUGAGAUUGCAGUGCUUAAGGGAUAUACAGCUAGAGGAGAGGUAGAAGAUUGGUUUAAGGCUUUGGAGGAUAAAAUGAAGAGCUCACUAAAUGGAGUAAUGAGAUAGUCUCUUAUUAAAUAUCAAUUAGAAGAUACGUAGAGAAGGGAUUGGGUAUUUGAAUUCCCCUUAUAAAUAAUAAUCACUAUUGAUUCCAUAUUUUGGACUAAAAUUACUGAAGAGAAUUAUUUAUAGGCAAAUGCAGAGGGAGAUUUGGAUGACUGGUAUGAUGCUAAUGUAACUAUGCUUGAUGAAUUGACAUAAUUAAUAAGAGGAAACUUGAAUGAAUUGUAAAGAAGAACUCUUUUGGCCUUGGUCACCUAGGAUGUUCAUUUUAGAGAUAUAGUUGAUAACAUGAGAAAUGAAUCUGUUGAAGGCAUUUUGGAUUUCAAGUGGCAACAAUAGUUGAGAUUCUAUCAUGAUGAAGAAAGUGUACUAGGAAGAUAAGCAAAUGCAAAAAUUAUGUAUGGUUAUGAGUAUUUGGGGUCUACAACAAGAUUAAUUAUUACUCCCUUAACUGAUAGAUGUUGGAUGACUAUCACAGGAGCUUUUGGACUCAAAUUAGGAGCAGCUCCAUAUGGACCAUCUGCAACUGGAAAAACAGAAUCAUGUAAAGAUUUAGCUAAAGCAUUGGGUAGAUAUUGUAUAGUGUUCAAUUGUUCAGAUUAGAUUACAGCUAAAUUGAUAGAAAAACUAUUUGCAGGAUUGGCAUAUUGUGGAGCUUGGGUUUGUUUAGACGAAUUUAAUAGAAUCAAUAUUGAAGUAUUAUCAGUUAUAGCAUAGUAAGUUUAAACUAUAAGAGAAGCUCUGUUAGAAUAUAAAAUGAAUUUUUAUUUCUUUGGUAAAAAUAUAUAAUUGAAUCCUGAUUUGGGUAUAUUACUUACGAGGAAUCCAGGCUAUGAUGGUAGAACAGAGUUACCUGAUAAUUUGAAAGUACUUUUUAGACCAGUAGCUAUGAUGGUUCCAGAUUAUAGGUUAAUUUCAGAAAUUAUGUUGUUUGCUGAAGGAUUUUCAAAUUCCAAAGAUUUAUCAAGGAAGAUGAUUAAAUUGUAUCAAUUAAGUUCAGAAUAACUGAGUUAGUAAAAUCACUAUGAUUUUGGUAUGAGAGUAAUCAAAUCAAUAUUAGUUAUGGCUGGAUCAUUAAAACGAGCAGAUUUAAAUAUCAAUGAAGAUAUUCUAUUAGUUAAAGCGAUGAGGGAUAGCAAUUUACCUAAAUUUUUAUCUCAUGAUAUACCUCUAUUUAAUGCUAUAUUGAAUGAUUUAUUUCCAGGAAUAACAAUACCAGUGGAUCAAAAUGAUGAAUUAGAAACAACAAUAAAAAAUGUUAUAGAGCUUAACAAUCUAUAAUAAUAAGAUACUUUCAUAGAGAAGGUUUUAUAGUUUCAUGAAACCUUGAAAGUGAGAUUUGGAGUUGUGUUGGUUGGAGUUACAAUGGGUGGUAAAUCUUAGGUUCAAAAUGUUCUUAGGGAAUCUUAUGCUAGAUUAUAUGAGCAACACUCAUAUGCAGAAGUUGAGAAUCCAAAAAUGUACUAGAAGGUUUAGCAUUAAAUCUUGAAUCCGAAAGCUAUAACUAUAGAAGAAUUAUAUGGUUAAUUUGAUAUGAUAACUUAAUAAUGGACCGAUGGUUUAGCAUCUCAUAUAAUUAGAGGAUAAGCAUCUUUAGAAACGGAAGAUAUGAAAUGGGUUGUGUUUGAUGGGCCUGUUGAUGCCAUAUGGGCUGAAAAUUUGAAUACAGUGUUAGAUGACUCGAUGACCUUGUGUUUAAGUAAUGGAGAGAGAAUCAAGCUGAAUGCUUAGAUGAGAAUGAUCUUCGAAGUUUUAGAUUUAAAUACUGCAUCUCCUGCAACUAUAAGUAGAUGUGGUAUAGUGUACAUAGAUGAUUAGGUCUUAGGAUAUGAACCUAUUGUAUUAACUGAAGCAAUGUCCCUUAUUGACAUUCUAACCAGUGAUAUAAUAGAUCAUUUGUUAGUGUAAAUUAAGGUUUCAUUUAGUAAAUCAAUUAGUUAAGUAAUUAAACAUUGUAAAUAAUUAAUCCCUGUUCAUGAAACAUAAAUGGCAGUUGGAUUAAUUAAGAUUAUAAGAAUGGUUAUUCAAUAUUAUAAUCAACAAUUAAACUGCAAUUUAAGAGAUGAAAUUUCAAAAAAACAUUUAGAAAAGCUUUUCGUAUGGGUAUAUGCGUGGUCGGUUGGUGCUACAUUAGUAUCUGAUGAUUAUUCAAAAUUCGAGGGUAUCGUAAAUGAUACUUUCUCAGUUGAUAUUUUACCUAGAGGAUCUCUGUUGUCUUGCUUAGUUAAAAUUACUAGAGUUGAUGGAAUAGUUGAGAUUCAUUAUACUUAAUGGAGUGACAAUGUUCCACAAUUUCAAUAUGUGAAAGGUAUGAGUUACUUUGACAUGAUUGUGGAAACUCCAGAAACGGUGGCUUAUGGUUGGUUUUUGGAAUAAGCCAUAUCUACAAAUUGUCCUAUUUUUAUAACUGGAGUGACUGGAACAGGUAAGACUAUUAUAAUAAAUUCUUCUAUUCAAAAUUUAAGGGAUGGAGGAUUGAUCGCUUUGAUGCAGAUGACCUUCUCAGCCAAAACAUCUAGUUAAACUACUUAGUUAAGCAUCGAACAAAAAUUGCAAGCUUAUCGUAAGAAAGGUAGAUCUAUUCUCAUGCCUCCUCCUGGAAAGAAAUUUGUAGUAUUUAUUGAUGAUGUCAAUAUGCCAUCAUAAGAGUAAUAUGGAGCCUAGCCCCCCAUUGAAUUAUUAAGAUAGUUUAUAGAUUAUAAAGGAGUUUAUGAUAGAAGAACAUUUAAUUGGAAGAAUGUAGAUGACACUAUUCUAAUUUGUGCCUGUGGUCCACCUGGAGGAGGUAGAUCUCCUUUAUCAAUUAGAUUCACUCGUCAUUUUGUUUUGUUGGCUUUACCUAAUUCCAGCGAUGAAACCUUAUCCUGUAUAUUUAGUAGAAUUUUAAAGGCUUACUUUAAAAAUAAUUAUUUUAAAAACGAGAUCAUUGAUUUGGGUGAUAACUAUUCAAUUGUAAAUGCUACACUCUCCAUGUACUAAGAAAUAUAGAAGACACUAUUGCCUACGCCCGAAAAGUCCCAUUAUGUGUUCAAUUUAAGGGAUGUCAGCAAAAUCAUAUAAGGGAUACUGCAAGCUAAACCUUUGGUUUAUCUAAAGUGUGAUCAAAUAAUUAGAUUGUGGGCACAUGAGACAUGUCGUGUUUUUAUGGAUAGAUUAAUUAAUUAGUAGGAUUAAGAUUGGUUUAAAGAGAACUUAGUUAAAAACAUAUUCUUAUUUUUUAAGACUGAAUACAAGGUCAAUGAAUUAUUUGAUUCAUAACGACCUUUUAUGUUUGCUGAUUUUUAGAAAAAAGUAGAAUUAUAAGAUCGCAUUUAUGAAGAAGUCAAAGAUUACAAUUAACUUGUCAAGGUUAUCAAUGAAUAUAUGAUUGGAUAAACCAAACUGAAUUUAGUACUCUUUAAGGAUGCAAUUCAAAAUUUAACAAGAAUUAACAGAGUGUUAAGAUAACAAAGAGGACAUUAUAUGUUAGUAGGAGUUGGAGGUUCAGGUAAGAAAUCCUUAAUAUAACUGGGAGCUGUAUUAGCUGGAUGUAAAGUUGAAACAAUUGAAUGCAAGAGAAAUUAUGGAAAAAAAGAGUUUAAGGAAUUUUUAUUUAGGAUGAUGUGUGCUGUUGGAAUCGAUAAUAAAUAAAUUGCUUUUGCUUUUACAGAAACAUAAGUUCUUUAAGAAGGAUUCUUAGAGGAUAUCAAUAGUCUCCUCAAUUCUGGUGAGGUACCAAACAUGUUGAAGAAAGAAGAUUUGGAGUUGAUUCAUUAAGGUCUAUAGGCAGAAGCUAAAGAACUAAACAUUAAUCAUAUAUAUCCUUACUUUGUAUAAAAAGUGAGAUCAAAUCUACACAUUGUUUUAGGUCUCUCACCUAUGGGAGGGAAAUUGAGAAUCAGAUUGAGAAUGUUUCCAAGUCUGCUCAACUGUUGUACAAUAUAAUGGUUAUAAAAAUGGCCAUAAGAAGCUUUGAUGAGUGUUUCAGAGAUGUUUUUGUAAACACUUGAAUUCGAUGGGUUGACAAAAGAGAUCAGAUAAAAUUUGUAUUAAAUGUGUGUACAUGUUCAUUAAAGUGUCGAGAAAAAGUGUGAAGAUUUUCAAGUUGCUUUUAGAAGGUAAGUUUAUAUCACACCUAAAUCAUAUCUUGAUUUAAUAGAGUCUUAUAAGAAUUUAUUGUUGAUGAAAAAAGAGGAAUUGCUAACCAAUAGAUUAAAAUUAUCUUCAGGAUUAUAAAAAUUACAUGAAGUUAACAGCAUUAUAAGUGAUUUAAAAGUAAAAUUGACAUAAAUGCAACCAAUUCUCAAGUAAAAGACGAUUGAGCAAGAACAAUUAUUAUAAAAAUUAUAAAUUGAUUCUACUGAGGCGAAUAGAGUUAAAUAAUUGGUAUCAGAGGAGGAAAGACAAGUUAAUGAGUAGGCUUCUAAGAUUAAAGAGACAAAAGCGGAAUCUGAUAAAAUUCUGAAUGAAGCUAUUCCUACUCUAAAUGCAGCCGUAGAAUAACUAAAUACACUUAAUAGAAAUGAUAUAUCAGAAUUUAGAAAUAAUAGUAACCCUUAACCUAUAAUACGUUUCACUUUUGAAUGUGUGGCUAUAUUGUUUGAAGAAAAGUUGGAUUGGGAUUCAAUUAAAAAACUAUUGACAGAUCCCAAUUUCUUAUAAAAAAUGAAGGGACUGGAUGCGAGUCGUAUCAGGCCAGUAACUUAAAGCAAAAUUAAAACUAAAAUUACUAGCAAUCCAGAAUUCAUUCCAAGUUAAAUUUAGAAAAUUAGUAUUGCUGCUAAAUCAAUCUGUGAGUGGGUGAGGGCUGUAAGUGAAUUCACAGAUAUUAAUAAUGAUGUAGAAAAGAAAAAAACACAGGUUGAAAAUAUGAAUCAAUAGUUAGAGAAAGCAAAGAAGGAAUUGGCUUAAAAAUAAUCUGAACUUGCUCAAGUGGUGAGAAAAGUAACUGAACUAGAAAUACAAUUUAAUUCAAAUAAAUAAGAAAAAGACCUUUUGGAUUAAAAUAUUUAAACUACUCAAUAAAGAUUGAUAAGAGCUGAAGAACUUACAAUAGGAUUGGCUGAUGAAUAGGAUAGAUGGAAGGCCAAAGUUCAGAGUCUGAGUGAAGAAAUCUAAUUGCUCUUAGGAAAUAUGUUUUUAGGGAGUGCUAUUGUAACAUAUAUGGGACCGUUUUGUGGAACUUAUAGAAAUCAGUUAGUUUAGAAUUGGAUAGAAAAGGCAACAGAGUUAGCAUUGCCCUCAAUCAAAAAUUUUAAUUUUGAAUCUAUUUUAGGAGACACUCUUGAAAUUAAGUAAUGGAUUGCAAAUGGAUUGCCUAAUGACUCAAUCUCAAAGUCAAAUGGGAUAAUAUCUAAGUUCACCAGAUCCUACCCUUUGUUUAUUGAUCCUCAAUUGUAGGCUAAUACUUGGAUCAAAAAUACUUAUAGGGAUCAAAACCUUAAAAUCAUAAAGAGUACUUAGGAAGGGCUAGUUAAACAAAUUGAAAAUGCAAUAUAAACGGGAGUCCCUUUAUUACUUGAGGAUGCUUAGGAAUAACUUGAUAUUUCUUUAGAUCCUGUAUUACUAAGACAGGCAAACCCUUCAAAUAGAAAAAAGAAUAUUAAGAUAGGAGAUAAGGAAAUAGAAUUUGAUUCCAAUUUUAAAUUGUUCAUCUGUACUAAACUUUCUAAUCCAUAAUUCUUACCGGAAAUGUUUAUUAGGGUUACUGUGAUAAAUUUUACAGUAACAUAGUAAGGGUUGGAAGAACAAUUACUUGGAGAGAUUGUAUAGAUUGAGAAACCAGAUUUGGAAGAAGAACAAAAAGAUUUAGUUAAGAACAUCUCAGCAGGAAUGAGGAGUCUUAGGAAGAAUGAAGAUGAGAUAUUAAAUCUAUUGGCAAAUUCAAAGGGAAUGAUAUUAGAUAAUGUAGAUUUAAUUGAAAGUCUCAAAGUAUCUAAAUAAGAAGCUAUUUAAGUUAAAGAAACUUUAGUUACAUAAGAGUAGAAAUCAGCAGAAAUAGAAAACUCCAGAUUAUAAUAUUUACCAAUAGCCACAAGGGGAAGUCUGCUGUACUUUGUCAUUGCUGACUUUGCUCUUGUAGAUCCAAUGUAUUAAUUCUCGUUAAAUAUCUUCAAGAGACUUUAUUAGAGUGUGAUUAGGAACUCUGAAAAAAAUGAUAACAUUGAAAUUAGAAUAGCAACACUAUUAGAUAGUAUAACUGAAGCAAUUUACACUAAUAUUUGUAGAUGCUUAUUUAAUUAGCAUAAACGAAUAUUGUCAUUCUUGAUGGCUGUUAAAAUAUAAUUGAAUGCUAAAGAGAUAAGUUAUGGAGAAUGGAAUAUGUUUAUAAGAGGAAUCAAUUUAACAGUUUAACCACCUCCUAUGCCUAACACUUUCAAGAUGAAUUAGAAAACAUGGAAUGAAUUUUAUUAGUUAACAACUAUUCAUUAGAACUUUGCGUCAAUUUAUAAUCAAGCCUUGACAAAUUAAAAAGAAAUUGAAAAUAUGAUUCAAUCAGAAAAUCCAUGGAGUCUAAUAAGUGAUAUAUUGACACCGUUUUAGAAAUUAAUGAUGAUUAGAGUAUUGAGGAUGGAAGAAUCAUUUUAUGCCAUGACAUAAUAUGUGGAGGCAAUUUUAGGAAAGAAAUAUACUUCAAACUAUCUAUCUACAAUUGAAGAACUAUUUAAUGACACAGAUCAUAAGACUCCACUUAUUUUUAUAUUGAGUCAAGGAGUUGAUCCUUUGGCUAAUUUGAUGAGAUUUGUAAAUCAAAAGAAAAUAUCUUCAGAAAAAUUAAGAAUCUUAUCUUUGGGUCAAGGCUAAGCAAUUAUAGCAGAAAAGGCAAUUGAAAGUGGUGUCAAGAGUGGUGAAUGGAUCAUAUUAUAAAAUUGUCAUUUAUGUAAAACUUUCAUGGCAACACUAGAAAAGAAGUUAGAAUGGUUUGAAGAUCCAGAACUCUAAUCAUAAUUUAAUUCAGGAUUUAGAUUAAUACUGACCAGUAUGUCUUGCAAUUACUUUCCUGUAAGUGUUCUAUAGAAUAGUAUUAAAUAUGCAAUUGAAUCUCCUAAAGGAGUGAAAUAAAAUAUGUACAAGAGUUAUGUUGAUUUAACUGCGGAUUAGAUAGAAAAUUGUGAUAAAAAAGAAUCUUGGAAGAAAUUACUCUUUUCUCUUACAUUCUUCCAUGCUGUAGUUCUAGAGCGUCGUAAGUUUGGUCCAUUGGGAUGGAAUAUAAAUUACGAAUUCAAUGAUUCUGAUUUGGAAACCUCGCAAACAUAUCUAAAGAAUUUUCUAGAUUUGCAUUAAGAGAUUCCAUGGGAUGCAAUCUUGUAUGUAAUUGGUGAGAUUACCUAUGGGGGUAGAAUAACUGAUGAAUGGGAUAGGAGAUGUCUAUAGACAAUCUUAUGCAAGUACAUCAAUGAGGAUGCCUUGAAUGAUGGCUAUUAAUUUUCUGAUUCUGGAGUUUAUAAAUAACCUUGUGAGAUGAACAUAAUUGAUUACAGAAGAUUGAUUAAUAAAUACCCUGAUUUUGAGAAACCAGAAAUCUUUGGAAUUAAUGAAAAUGCAAAUCUAAUAUUCAAAUAAACAGAAUCUAAAACUGUAUUGGCUACCAUACUUAGUAUUUAACCAAUCGAAAUUGCUUAAUAAUCAAGUGAAUCAGAUCAAAAGACAAAAUCAAACGAUUAAAUUGUAUAUGAUAUUUGUGAGACGUUAAUCUAAAAGAUUCCAUUUUAAAUAAAGGAAUAAGAAAAGAAAAAAAAACUCACUUUAAUUAAUAUCUAAGGGGCUGCCUUGGAAAUUGAUUCCUUAAAAGUAUGCUUGAAUUAAGAGGUGCAAAGAUUUAAUCAAUUAUUAUAAAUAAUUGGAAGCUCAAUUAAGAAUUUGUAAGCUGCUAUAAAGGGUGAAGUAGUUAUGUCUGUUGAUCUUGAAAUGAUGUACAGCUCAUUCCUCAAUAAUCAAGUACCAUCUAUUUGGGUAAAUAAAGCAUAUCCAACUUUGAAACCUCUUGCUGCCUUUUAUGAAGACAUGAUAAAAAGAGUGACUUUCUUUAGAGAUUGGUUCAAUUUGGAGGCUGGACAGCUAAAAGGCUAUUGGCUAUCUGCUUUCUUCUUUCCUUAAGGAUUCUUAACUUCAUUACUAUAGACUUUUGGCAGGAAAAAUCAGAUUGCAAUAGAUGUGCUUAAAUUCAGCUAUAAGUUCUUCAAUUAUAUCGAUUAUGAGAUGAUUACUUCAAUGCCUGAAAUUGGGGCAUAUAUAUAUGGCUUAUUCAUUGAGGGGUGUAGAUUUGAUCUCAAUAAAGGGAUUUUAGAAGAUUAAUUGCCAGGAUAAUUGAUCUUCCAAGCUCCUGUAAUCCAUUUUAUACCAACUCAAGAUUAUAAACCAAAUUAGAACGAUUAUUCGAUGCCUUUAUAUAAAACUAGCCUACGUGCGGGAGUUUUAUCUACAACAGGGCUUUCAACAAACUUUAUUAGAGCAAUUGAUUGUCCUACUAAGAAGAACCCUGACUAUUGGAUUCUCAACGGCGCUGCUUUCAUCACUUAACUUAAUGAUUGA